AUGUCUGCACGUAAAUUCAAAGACUAUUAUUCCAUUCUCAAAGUAGCACGAAAUGCAACACAAGCCGAUAUCAAAAAAGCCUAUGUCCAAUUAGCCAAAAUUUAUCAUCCUGAUUUAUUGGAGAGUUCCGACCCAAAGAAAGCCUUCAAAGAGGCUACGUUUAAAGAAAUUACAGAAGCCUACAGUGUAUUGAACAAUCCCCGAAGAAGAAGUGAAUAUAAUUUGGAAAUUUAUGAAUUAGAAAAAGAGAAGGCAGCCAAUCAUUCAGAUAUAGAUGGCAUGGCUCGUCCUCCUCCUGAUCCAAUUACCUAUGAAUUAUCGGAGGAAGAAAAGCAAGCUCUAGGUAUUCAGUUAAAGAAAAUUCGGAAUCGUAAAAUUCGACGUUUGUUUAUCAUUGUUCUAGUUCUGUUUGGUAUUGGAUGGUACUUUAAAUUGAAAUAUAUAUUUCUAAGAAUGUACAAUCGAGACAUCAACAAUAAGGUAAUUUUCAAAGAUAAAGAAGGAGUUGAUAGCGAAAUGAUUGAGGAGGUCAAUAAGAAGUUUGUUCAGGAACUUCAAAGAGUGAGAGAAGAGAGAGAAAAGAUGAAUAUUAUGAGACAUCCAACAAAGAAGAUGACAACAACAACCUCCUCUAAAAAGCAAGAAAAUAAGGAAGAAGAAUAA